AUGUUCUCCAAACACCAUGAACCUGUUUUGGCGGAUCUUUCAACUGACUUAAGCGACCCGAAUGACUGGAAUGUCGGAAACUUGAGAACUUUCGACUUUCCUCCGAAUAUCACUACACUCGCAGUGGAGCCUAUAGCAGGAAUCCUUGCUGCUGGCACUGCGACAGGAGCCAUACACCUCUUCGGCGGCCCGAGCGUGGAAUCGAAAAUCACACUUCCUGAACCCGUGGGUGUCCGACUACUCCAUUUCUCUGUUUCAACAUACACCGUCGUUUGCCUAGAUGAUCGAAACCAGCUUCACAUCUACGAUCUUCUGGAGUUUGGAAAGCCCAAAUAUGUGACUUCUGCGCGGUUUGACCAGACCAACUCAAUUACACUUGCACCUUCUCAUACACACGUCUUCCUCGCUACGCAGAAUGGGGAAGUCAGGACCUAUGACCUAGCCUGUCGCCGAAAGUCUCCAUACAUAAUGCCCAACAUGUGGAAACUAUACGAAGAAAGCAAGGCAGUUAGAGGAGUACCCUCGUUGACGCAGCCAACUCCUCCAGAUGGCGUUGAAAUUGUUGUUCAUCCCAGAAACCUGAAUCUGAUUUUCGUGGCUUACGCAGGUGGUGUCAUCUUGACGGAUCUCACGGAAAGAAAUACAGUACGUGCAUAUGAAUCAGUUCUCCCUCCUGGAGCGCCAGGGGGAGCUGGAUACGGCCUCGACGAUAUCUUGACACAUCGUCGCAUGAUCGUCACUUCCAUUGCGGUUCACCCUUCCGGACAUAUACUCGCUGUCGGUUAUGCAGAUGGCUCUAUCGCCUUCUGGGCAGUCGAAGAUGAUACUCGGCCGUUGGUCGUUCGAACUCUGGACGAGGUCGACGUAAACGUGGUGAAUGCAGAUGCCCUGGAAAAACAUCUAGCGGGUGAUAACCAGAAAUCGUCCCAAUCGAUCAGAGAGCCUAUCUUCAAGCUGUCGUGGAGUGGUUUCUCGAACUCGGCAGAUCCCCGAGGAGGCGAAACUGUCCUCGCUGUUCUCGGUGGCGAUUUACCUGGCAAACCAUUUGGCCUGACUGUCACCCUCCUACCAGCGUUCAACCCACCUGCACCGCCUAACGAACCACCAGCGCAACUAAAUUCGUUGCACCCCGGAUUCCGCAGCGCUAUGUGUGAAUCCGUUGUGCCAAAGAAGACAUUUUUCUACGAAACUCGUGGCGUUGUGCAAGACUAUCUUCUUUUGCCACGAAAGAGCCCUCAUUACAAUGGCAGCUCCGACCCAUAUGCGGUUGCUCUCAUCCUUGACGUUCAAGGUGUCAGGGCCGUUGAAAGCUAUCAAUUUCCUCCCCCAGGGUUUGUCCAAACAACAGCCGUGCAAGAGGCACAAAUGCCUGACAGUAAUUCGAUAACGGAUCUCACUGCAGAAGAAACCACAGCAUCCCCCGCAGGUCUGUUGAGCCCAGUCCCUUCAACACCGCUGCCCAAGUCACCGCGCCAUCUCAAUGGCACACCGGCACGAGCGCGCAUACCGUUCACUCUGUCUAACAGCGGCUCUGGGGUCCUAGGCGGUAGGCUUUUCAAGCUCGAGAACGAUGUAUACGACAACUUCGUUGACAAGAAAUCCGACAAUGACAUCCACCUCGAUUUGAAGGGCGGCCAAGCCUUUGCAGAUACGACCAAAUUGAACGAACUCAAACUGUCGAAGUAUCAGCCUAAGAGGAUCUGGAUGACUUAUAACGGAGACCUCACUGUUCGCUUCUACGACAUGAGUGCUUAUUUGUUGAUUCCGACAUCAGCAACAUCGCCGCUGGAGAACGAAUGGCCAAAUCCCCUUCCUAGCCUAACCAUUCGGUUGUCAGAAUUAUUCGAUGAUGCCUCAAUCUCCAAAAGUCUUCAUCUCCCUGUCGAACACGCUGCCAUACAGUCUGUUCAAAUUGCACCAGAUGCCCUUGAAUGUGCCAUAGUUUUAGGGUCGGGCGACGUCCUGAUCUACCAUUCACGAUCCCGUUUAGGUUCUGUCACUUCAUCAAAGGUGCUGGCGGGCACAGAAAUCACAUCUUUGGAGCAAAUUUAUUCUCCUGCCACAAGUCGGCUAAGACCAUUUUUCAUGCUCGGUGCUGGUAAGGGUCCAGUUGAAGCUUGCGCAAUAUCCGACACUGGUUUCCUUUCCGUAUCAUACAGCGAUGGUACUCUCACGGUGGUAGACAUGCGGGGCCCAAAUAUUAUUCUCUCUCUUGAAAAGAAUAAGAAACAGAACAGGUACUCUGUCAGUAGUCCAACGCACUCUACCCCGGAUGCAGUUAAAUCGCUAGCAUGGACGAUCGCUCCUCUUGAUAAAGAUUCUCAGCUGAAAGUUCGUUUAAUCGCAGUACGCCAGUCAGGACAGGGGGAAAUAUACACAUUCGUUCCUUCAGGAAACCCCGUUUCUUGGAGCGUCGCCGGUGAAGCAACAAUUUGUAAAGCGAUGGCUGACCCAGUUCCCGGGGCUACAUUUGUUCUGGACGUCAAGAGUGGCUCGCAAUGGAGGGCGGAACGGACACGGCUCGCGACUUCGUUCAAGAACAUACCACAAGUUGACAUUGGUCCUCAAUGUUUAUUGGUUGCUGUUGGUGCGCGAGGUGCCAGGAUCUCCGCUGACAUCAAUGGCGAGAAAGUGGCAAAGGUGGAGUGGGGUAGUAAGGUUGGGCUUGUAGAAAGCGCUCAGGUUGUAGAGCACAUGGGUGCGCGUGCUCUUGUCAUCCAAACAGAUCGGCGGGAUGUAUUGAUAUACUCCCUACCUCAUUUGGAGCACCUCAACACCGUCCACCUUCCUCUCAUAUCGUCUCUACCUCUAUCAAUAGACGAAAGUGGAGACUUCAUCGCCUGGACACAGGAUCCUCGUGUACAAACCAAGUCCACCCACAUUCACCAAGCAACCUACGGCACCUUCUUCAAUGUUAGACGCGUCUACACUCCACCGGAUAUCGAUUUUGCUUCCACACGUGGAUCCGUCCCGCCUCAACCGCAACCCGUCUCACUUGGCCCUCCGUCUCUCCUCGGUUCGUGGUUCUCUUUCAACCAGACCUUGUCUGGUGACCAGAUUGAUGAACUUCUGGGCGGACCCAAUAGACCGAUUCCGCAACCACAAUCAGAGAGGAGCAAAGACUCUGAAGGUGUCGCGAGUGCGGCAGCAGGCAUUGCUGCUGGAGCUGCUACUGUCCAGGCGAACUUAUAUAAUAAACUGUCGUCUGCGAUGGGCGAACGAGGGCAGCUCCUUGGGGAUCUGGAAGAGCGCUUCCAAUCGCUGGAGCAGGGUAGCAGGAACAUGGUCGCGCAGGCAAAACGACUGGCGGCGCAACAGACGGCAAAAUCUUGGUUUGGACUGUAG